GCUGCCCGGAGCUCGUCUGCGGCCUCGACGAGGGUACGCCGAUCGCAGUUUCGAUGCCAGCUACAUUAACAUUGCAUGACGGCCAAAUCUAUUACACCCGUCACUCGUUUAAGCGACAGAUGAAAAUGAAAAUAUUCUUCAACGUUCAACUACAAAUAUUUACCAUCAUCCUCGAGCUGAAGAAGGAUGCCUGCACGAAGGUGUUCGUUACGGCCCAGGAUCGGCGAUGAUGGGUUCCCGACGAUGCGAGUACUGCUACUGCAUUUCCGGUGUACGGAGAUGCAUCCGACCUAAGUGUUUACUACCUCUGCCCGGGUGCGCGCCUCUUUACGCGCCUCACUCCUGUUGUCCCGUCGCUUACAACUGCAGCUUUCAAGCUCAAUUCUCCACGACACUUGCUGCUAAAUCAGGAAAUGGCUGUCGGUCGGGGGAGCGGGUUUACCAGGAGGGCGAGAUGGUGCGAGACAUCGCAUGGAAGGCCGCCUGCGAUAACUGUUUCUGCGCGAUGGGUGCCAUACGUUGCGUGCCUCUGGCCUGCGCCCCGCCUCUCCAGGGUUGCAAGCCCAUCGUCCGCAAGGGCCACUGCUGCCCUUCCACCUACAACUGCAGUGGGAACAUCGAAGUCAAAGCAACACAAAAUUAUGCAUCGUAUGCCUUUAUCAGUAAAGACUAUGCAAAAUUUCGAAAAGAGACAAAUUUCUAUCAGCCAGCUUUUGAUGAUACAGGGUUGUCAAGCGUCGAGGGAAGAGGUCAUCGGAUUGCAAACGAGGCUCUCGAAUCCGAAUCCGACACCCAGGAAAUCAUGACUGAAGAGUCUGUUAUGGUAACCGAAUCAGCUUUGACUAUUGAGACCGAAACAAUGAAUAAUGAAAUUCUGAGAGAGACGGAGGAUUAUCAAAAGCACACGACGCGCGAUCAAGAAAAACUUACAGACACAUCUAUCGAGUCGACACCCGAGGAGGCAGCCGAGUCAACCUCUCUCUUCACAGCCUAUCUCCAGGAAGUCAGCACGACGCUUGAUGACACUUGGACGGAGACGCCAUCGACGUCCAUAAGCGCAAGUACAUUUUCUAUGGAUGAAGAUGCCAGCGCAACGGCCUCGGUUAUUGCGAUAACAGAAGUGCCCGAGUCAACUCCCGUUAUCGCUGCUACGAUGGAGUCAGCUGACAACUACACUAGUCAAGGGCAGGAGUCGGAGAAUAUUUUUCAUGAAACAGUUCAUCUGAAGACGACGUCAGCAAUAAAUAUUGAUACGACCACACUUAGCACAAUGGCUAUAGAAACUGCGAGUAAAUCCAACUUGCUCGUGGAAAAAGUAGAUAAAGUGAAAAGAGUCGAGAAUGAGCGGACGACGAAAAGGAGCUCGACCGUGCAAGACAAUCAGGAGCCACUCACGGAAAAAGAGAAAGUGGAAGAGAUGCCGGUGAUAAUGGUGAAGAAGCCGUCAGCUGGUUUGUCAACCUCGAUAAUCAUGCCUGAUGAUAUACUCGUAAUGAAUGUCACUGUGAAAACAAAUGUCGCAGUUGGUCACAUACAUGGUGUGACGAUUAAUCCGAUUAAAAAGCCAAUACCGCAGGAUAUCGAAACGAUAAUCAAUAUUACGAAUCGAAGGAAAGGAGAGGAUUACGAGUAUGAUUAUAGCGAUCCAACGUUGCCACCAUCUUUGCCCAACGUUAGAAUAAUUCCCUUCGUUGCCGCGGAUGCUUUGGUCAAGGACAAGGACAUUGUCACUGGAGCUGCAACUAGGUAUCCUGUGAGCGCUGUUGUAAUGCCUCCUGAAUUAAAGUUAACGGAUGUUAAUUUUUACGAGAUUGUCACGCAAAAGAAUAGAUUCCGCCCACCCGAGGAAACCGAAGGUGGUUUUAUACCAAGGGAGCCUCCAUACUUUGAUCCACUUUUCCACUCAUCGAACAUAAAUUUGGAAAUAGGAAUUGGAGUUACGGUAGCUCCAGAAAUCGUUUCAGUUAUCAAUCCUCAUCGUAAAACCGAUGAACUACGCAGUGCAUGCUUGUACGAGCAACAGGAAUACAAUCACGGACAGAUUUUACCGAGCAGAGUGCAUUGUAUAAUAUGCAUAUGUUACUAUGGAGAAAUUAUAUGUACCAACCAAAAAUGCCCUCCAUUAAAGAUCGGCUGUCAACAAGUUAAUGAUUCUAAUGACAAAUGUUGCAGCAAAAUUAUCUGUGCUAGUAAUGUCGAAUCACCGACGGUUGUGUUGGACAGAUUGGAGUCGAAUUCCUCUUCUCAAUACGAACCGACCGUAUCGUCGGAUCCAUUUCGUGACGUCAUUAAAACGGAGCCAGCACCAGAUCUACCUUCCCUCAUCGGCGAUAGGAUCAUGCCAUAUUUGUUCGAACACGGCGUAACGACGCCGAGCAGCUUCUUCCAGGACGAGGUUAAGUCGCCGGCCGAACCCGAUCGAUCGCUCGCCAACCAAUACAAGGCCAAAAAUUUUAGCGCCAACAGCGUAAGCAUAACGAAUCCCAGUGUCGUGCCUACAUUAGCCAAUAACGAGCCCGUGGAGGACGAGUCGCUUUUUUCAUUCGAUAGCGUUUUUAAUCUCUUUUUCAACGAGCCAACUUCUAACGACAGCAAAUCAAGCACGACGACCUCGCAAUUGCCCUCGCAGCCCGAAAAUACAAACUACUCUACAACUCCUGUAAGUUUUGUAGAUGCCAGGAUAUCGUCACCUACGUCGGUAUUGUCGACAACAAGAGCAACCAAGACGUCGUCUACGACAACAUCGAUGAAAACGACGAUGACGACGACAACGACAAUGACGACGACAACGACAAUGAUGACGACGACGACGGCAAGAACAACGGGAAGUAAUAACUCACUCUUACCAGACGGCGAUUUAACGACUAGUAAAACAUUCGAAAAUAAGUCAACGCUCGGCACGAGUGGCGGAAUCCUUAAACUCGCUGGAUGCAAUAUCUACGGUCGUAUGUAUCGAGUGGGUAGAAUUAUCACGGAAUUAUCAAAUCCGUGCCUCGAGUGUAGAUGCACCGAAAUUGGCGUGCAGUGCAAGCCUCUCGAUUGUUAAAAAUUGUUCCUAAACGAAAUUGGAUGGAUUAUGUUCGACUGAGCAAGAAAUGAGAAGUGACAUUGGAAAAUAAAAACAGUUAUUCGAUGAACGAAA